GGAGAGGCCUCCUCGGCCGCCGCCGCCGCCGGGGCGCGUUCUCCUCGGGCGGGUCGGGCACCGGGGGCGCCCCUCCGGCCAGCUGCUCGGCUCUGCCGGCCCUCGGCCACUCCCUGAGGCGCGGGCUCUGGCGGUCGCACUGACGAGGACGCCCCGGGCGCCCCCCGCGGGCCGCCGCCGGGGCCGCCGCCUCCCUCGGCGCGCGGGGCCGGCAUGGAGCUCUUCCAAGCCAAGGACCACUACAUCCUGCAGCAGGGCGAGCGCGCGCUGUGGUGCAGCCGCCGCGACGGCGGCCUCCAGCUCCGACCGGCUACUGAUCUACUUCUUGCCUGGAAUCCCAUUUGUUUGGGGUUGGUAGAAGGUGUUAUUGGGAAAAUUCAACUUCAUUCAGAUCUCCCAUGGUGGCUUAUUCUAAUUCGGCAGAAAGCACUGGUGGGCAAACUCCCAGGAGACCAUGAAGUCUGUAAAGUUACCAAAAUUGCUGUACUGUCACUUUCAGAAAUGGAACCUCAGGAUCUGGAGCUAGAGCUCUGUAAGAAGCAUCAUUUUGGGAUUAACAAACCAGAGAAGAUUAUACCAUCUCCUGAUGACUCAAAGUUUCUACUGAAGACCUUUACACAUAUUAAAUCCAAUGUAUCUGCUCCUAAUAAAAAGAAAGUUAAGGAAAGUAAAGAAAAGGAGAAGUUGGAGAGAAGAUUACUUGAGGAGUUGCUGAAGAUGUUUAUGGACUCAGAAUCCUUUUAUUAUAGCUUGACUUAUGACCUGACCAAUUCGGUGCAGAGGCAGAGCACUGGGAAGAAGGACAGUCGUCCUCUCUGGCAAAAGGUUGAUGACCGAUUUUUUUGGAAUAAAUAUAUGAUACAAGAUCUUACUGAGAUUGGUGCACCAGAUGUGGACUUUUGGAUUAUUCCCAUUAUCCAAGGUUUUGUGCAGAUUGAAGAACUUGUGGUUAAUUAUAAUGAAUCAUCUGAUGAUGAGAAAAGCAGCCCAGAGACCCCCCCUCAGGAGUCCACCUGUGUAGAUGACAUUCACCCACGAUUUCUAGUGGCUCUCAUUUCACGACGGAGUAGGCACAGAGCAGGAAUGCGCUAUAAACGAAGAGGAGUGGACAAAAAUGGAAAUGUUGCAAAUUAUGUGGAGACUGAGCAGUUAAUUCAUGUUCAUAAUCAUACCCUGUCAUUUAUUCAAACACGAGGCUCUGUACCUGUCUUUUGGAGCCAGGUUGGGUAUCGAUAUAAUCCAAGACCUCGGCUGGACAAAAGUGAAAAGGAAACUGUUGCCUAUUUCUGUGCCCAUUUCGAAGAACAACUGAAAAUUUACAAAAAACAGGUUAUUAUUAACUUGGUAGACCAGGCAGGAAGAGAGAAGGUUAUUGGGGAUGCUUACUUGAAACAAGUGCUGCUCUUCAACAACUCACAGCUCACUUAUGUUUCCUUUGACUUCCAUGAGCAUUGUCGAGGAAUGAAGUUUGAGAAUGUUCAAACCCUAACAGAUGCCAUUUAUGACAUUAUUCUUGACAUGAAAUGGUGUUGGGUUGAUCAAGCUGGGGUAAUAUGUAAACAAGAAGGGAUUUUUCGAGUUAAUUGCAUGGACUGUCUGGAUCGUACCAAUGUGGUCCAAGCUGCCAUCGCACGAGUGGUCAUGGAACAGCAGUUGAAGAAAUUAGGUGUGAUGCUCCCGGAGCAACCAUUACCUGUAAAAUGUAAUCGAAUCUACCAGAUAAUGUGGGCUAACAAUGGUGACUCCAUUAGCAGACAGUACGCUGGGACAGCUGCUCUGAAGGGUGACUUUACAAGAACUGGAGAAAGGAAAUUAGCAGGAGUUAUGAAAGAUGGAGUUAAUUCAGCCAAUAGGUACUACCUUAAUCGGUUUAAGGAUGCUUAUAGGCAAGCUGUUAUAGAUUUGAUGCAAGGCAUUCCAGUGACAGAAGAUCUUUAUUCCAUAUUUACUAAGGAGAAAGAGCAUGAAGCUUUGCAUAAAGAAAAUCAGAGAAGCCACCAGGAACUAAUUAGUCAGCUCUUACAAAGUUACAUGAAGUUACUACUGCCUGAUGAUGAGAAGUUCCACGGGGGCUGGGCCCUCAUUGAUUGUGACCCCAGCCUCAUUGAUGCUACUCACAGAGAUGUGGAUGUGCUGUUACUGCUUUCUAACUCUGCCUACUACGUGGCCUAUUAUGAUGAUGAAGUUGAUAAAGUAAACCAGUAUCAACGACUGAGUCUAGAAGACCUGGAAAAAAUAGAAAUAGGUCCUGAACCCACACUCUUUGGUAAGCCAAAGUUCUCCUGCAUGCGACUGUACUACAGAUAUAAAGAAGCAAGUGGUUAUUUCCACACACUGAGAGCUGUAAUGCGUAAUCCAGAUGAAGAUGGAAAAGAUACCCUUCAGUGCAUUGCAGAGAUGCUCCAGAUCACGAAACAGGCCAUGGGAUUGGAUGUACCUAUAAUCGAGAAAAAACUUGAGAGGAAGAGCAGUAAGCCUCAUGAAGACAUCAUUGGUAUCAGGUCUCAAAACCAAGGCUCAUUGGCCCAGGGGAAGAAUUUUUUAAUGAGCAAAUUUUCAUCUCUAAAUCAAAAAGUGAAGCAGACCAAAUCCAAUGUAAAUAUUGGCAACCUACGAAAGUUGGGAAACUUCACAAAACCUGAAAUGAAAGUUAAUUUUCUAAAGCCAAACUUAAAAGUCAAUCUUUGGAAAUCAGAUAGUAGUCUUGAGACUGUGGAAAACUCAGGAGUGAUGGAUAAUAAGGUUCAGGCAGAGUCUGAUGGGGACAUGUCUUCGGAUAAUGACUCAUACCACUCUGAUGAAUUCCUUACAAAUUCCAAGUCUGAUGAAGACAGGCAGCUAGCUAAUUCUUUAGAGAGCGUAGGGCCAGUAGAUUAUGUUCUUCCUAGUUGUGGUAUUAUUGCUUCAGCACCUCGAUUAGGCAGUCGAUCCCAGUCUCUCAGCAGCACUGAUGUUAGCGUUCAUGCUCCCUCAGACAUUACUGUUGCUCACGGAAGUGGGCUUGGGAAAGGCCAGGUGUCUCCUUUGAAGAAAAGUCCUUCUGCUGAUAGCAUACACAUAUUGACUGGUUUUGCCAAGCCUGUGGAUAUUUAUUGCCACAGAUUCGUGCAAGAUGCACAAAACAAAAUGACAGAACUAUCAGAGAUCAGGUGUGUGUCUCAGCAAGCUAGCAAGGAAGGAAAUCAAAUGACCAAUCAAGUUUCUAUUGAAGAAACUAAAUCAGAAUCAACAGAACUAAUACCUUCUCGACCGUCUCAGUUAGACGUGUCUUUUUCUGUGACAGGCCCACAGUUUUUGUCCGUUGAACCAGUGCACUCUGUCAUGUCUCAGAAGGCCCCCAGCUCUGGUUCAGGCAUGUUGGAACCUGAGGUAGGGCUUCAUAUGACUCCGUCCCCUUCAGAGAGCAGUAGCAGCAGAGCAGUCUCUCCCUUUGCAAAGAUUCGCAGCUCCAUGGUCCAGGUUGCUAGUAUUACCCAAGCUGGGUUAACCCAUGGCAUAAACUUGGCAGUAGCGAAAGUUCAGAAGAGUCCUGCAGAGCCAGAAGUAGUUAACGAAGUGCAGCAAAAGGAACUUAAAAAUAUGUUUACACAAUGCCAGACACGAAUAAUUCAGAUUUAGGUUUUUGUCCACAAAGAAGCCUGUGGCUUUUAUUUGAAAGUUCAAAAAAGGAGUUUUCACAUAUUAGGCUAUUUUAACUUAUAUUGUCUUAAUCUAUGGAUCACAAAUUGUUUUAUCGGGAAGGGUUUUAAAGGAGUCUGGACCUGAGCUUUCCAAAAUGGAGAGUCAAGAGUAGAAAUCCACCAUCCUAGACUCUAGACCUGAUCAGUUUAUGUUCUGUAACAGGUCACUUUAGGACAACCUGAACUGGAUUUUGGAGGGAAGAGGGGAAUGGAAUAUAGGAAGCAGACACAAAGGGGUAGACCCAUUUAAAAGCUUAGCAGUUUUCUGUGUCAGUUCAUUCCUGUGUAUUACCUCUACAAGGUGGAUUAUACACUUUAGUUUUUAGUGACUUUCAUGUUACCAGUAUGGAGAAACAUCGGAUAUUAAAAAAUUAUGUUUAGUUUUGAUGGCUAUUAACCACUUUCUAUGAACUUGAGGAUUUUUGACACUGGUCAAGAAAUGUAUUCUCAUUUGAUCCUGAUAUUCCCCACGUUCUAAUUUGAAUAUAUUCUUCUGCCUAUACUCCCCAAAAUGUAGACUUAUCAAGUAUAAGAUAAAUCUAUUCCAUCAGAUGUGAAUGGCAGUAUCUAUUAAAAUUUCAUUUUGCUCUGUUUUCAGGGAUGUAAGAAUAUAUUGGCUACUGAAAAUUCUAGAAGGAAGUUUUCAAAUUUUAACCUUUUUCCAGGGGGGCAUUCCUCAACAUCUUGUGCAGACUGUCACAACUAUUGAAAAUUUAGUUUGAAGCACAAUUGUGCUCAAACUGGUUUUAUGACCAUACUGACCACAAAGAACUGGGGCCUCUAUAACCCAGACUGUAAGAAAGCUGCGGAGCGUAUUCCAGCAAGUAUUGGCUUCUCCGGUAUCUUGAAGCAAUUCUCGGCUGAACAUUAUGUCUACUGUGACUUUAAUAAGCAUUCCACUUUUGUUAUUUAUUAGUGGUGUUUUUUUUGAAGUGUCAAAUCUUGUGACUAUUAAAAUAAAGUACCAUUGUAAUUUAAAAUGUG